GGGAUCCCCUCUUCUUGGCUUCAGAGCGGUAGCCCUGUUAGUCUGUAUCAGCAAAAGCAUCUGCUCCUCCUGCUGCAGUGCGGCGGCAGCAUGUUCCAGGCGCGGCAGAAGCUUCCUGCCACUAAAGCUGUUAUCGUGCCUGGGAACGGGUCAGGCGAUAUCGAGCAAUCCAACUGGUACAGAUGGGUGUGGGAAAGACUAGAGGAGAUACCUGGUUUCCAGUGUAUACUUCGAAAUAUGCCUGACCCAAUUACAGCUCGAGAGAGAAUCUGGCUGCCAUUCAUGGAAUCAGAACUCCAUUGCGAUGAGCAGACUAUCAUUAUUGGACACAGUUCUGGUGCGGCUGCUGCCAUGAGGUUUGCAGAAACUCACAAGGUGUAUGCAGUUAUUUUAGUGUCUGCUUACGUUUCCGACUUGGGAGAUGAGAAUGAAAGAGAGAGCGGUGGACUCCAUCUUUGUUCAACAGUCCUUCUCAGAACAGCAUCCUGCGGUCAAGGAAGCCAGUCGUCCUGGCAACACCAUCUGUGGAGCCAUGUGUUCACCACCAGGGUGUGAAUGUCUGUGCCUGGGCCCCUCCCCUUGGCCAAAAGGAUCGAUGAGAACACCAUCUGCACCCCCAUCUCCCUUGCCCCUAUGUAAAGAUCAGAAACAAAGCCAUCAUGACAACAUCUCUAAAGAAGUUAGAAAAGUUUCUUUACUGAAUAGCUGGCCAAUUGUGAGUAUUCCGUGGCUCUCCCAAUCUUUGGUUCGUGAUUUGGGUGAAGAGCUGGAUCAUUUGCAAUGGGUGUCAUUGGCGAAGGAAAAGAUCUUAUUUCUAGUUCUGUCCCAAUCCCACAGAGAAGCCUUUGCUAAAGGAUGUGUGUAAAUUUCUGGAGGAUGUGAUUUUACAUUAAUCCAUGGUAACCCAGCGAUGUGAAAUACACUCUCCUACCUGUAAGACUAGGUGGUGGAGAUUUUUUAAAAUCUCACUGUUAUUCUAUUCAAAGACUUUGCCUUAUCUCUCAGUUAUGUGAUUUUAAUCCCCAGAAUGCACGGACAAAGAUUAACAAAUUAUCUCUCUGGCUGUUCGUUGAGUGAAAUGAAAAUCUUAAAUGACCCUCAAUCCUGGGUACCCACAGCCAGGUUCUAGUGUAGAAUCAUAGGGCUAGAAGGGACCGCAAGAGUCACCUAAUCUAACCCCCAGUCAAGAUGCAGGAUUUGGUGUGUCUAAAUCAUCCGAAACAGAUGGCGAUCCAGCCUCCUUUUGAAAACCUCCAGUGAAGAAGCUUCCACAAUCUCCCGAGGCAGUCUGUUCCAU